AUUACUCAAGGGCUACUAGCUUUGGCUGGUCAUAGUCAGCUUGUUUCUAAAGUUAAUUUAAUCCUCGUGUAUUCGGCUACAACCAAGGAAAUCAAAGUGUUUGAUGCAUAUGGAUUAGCUUGCAACUGGCAUGAAGUGGCCAGGCCUCAGGUGCAUGGCUACAAUAUGAAUGCUCUUGCAUGUCUUCCUGGGCAUCGCUUUGCUUCUGCUGGCGACGAAAAAGUCUGUCGCCUCUUCACAGCGCCUCGACAUUUUGCUAGAAUCUACGCACGUUUAAGGCAGCGCCCGGAACUCCUCUACAAACAGUCCAGCUAUACGAAGGAUGAGACAAUCGGAGGAGCAGACUGUAGUGAUGGCAUUGACGGUGACUUUGAUGAUAUCGCCAGAUUUCCUGCUGGUAAGCUUGGCUCGCUGAUUCUGCUUUUGAAUGACUUACUGCAUUCUUUGUUGCUACGACUCAUCUUUUCAGCAAAACGGCUGUUUCGCAGAAGCAUUAUAUAA